AUGAUGCCUCAGAAGAAAAAGAGGAGGAAGAAAGACAUUGACUUCCUAGCCCUGUAUGAGCAGGAGCUGCUGAACUACGCCUCAGAGGAUGAUGAAGAAGAGCUGGAGCACGAGUACUAUAAGGCCAAAGUGUACGAAGUGGUCACAGCCACAGGGGAUGUGCGUGGGGCAGGGACAGAUGCCAAUGUCUUCAUCACCAUUUUUGGAGAAAAUGGGCUCUCUCCCAAGCUCCAUCUUACCAGCAAGAGCAAAUCUGCCUUUGAAAAGGCCAAUGUCGAUGUGUUCCGGGUAAGGACCAACAAUGUGGGCCUCAUCUACAAAAUCAGGAUCGAGCACGACAACACAGGCUUGAAUGCCAGCUGGUACCUGGACCAUGUGAUUGUGACUGACAUGAAGCGGCCUCACCUCCGUUACUACUUCAACUGCAACAACUGGCUGAGUAAUGUGGAGGGUGACCGCCAGUGGUGCCGGGACCUGCUGGCCAGCUUCAACCCCAUGGACAUGCCCAGAGGUAACAAGUACGAAGUCAAGGUCUACACUGGUGACGUCAUUGGGUCAGGGACCGAUGCCGAUGUCUUCAUCAACAUAUUUGGAGAGUACGGAGACACGGGCGAGAGGAGGCUGGAGAAUGAAAAGGACAACUUUGAAAAGGGAGCUGAAGACAAAUUCAUGUUGGAUGCCCCCGAUCUGGGGCAGCUCAUGAAGAUCAAUGUUGGCCACAACAACAAGGGAGGGUCUGCAGGCUGGUUCCUGUCCAAGAUUGUCAUUGAAGAUAUUGGGAACAAAAGAAAGUAUGAUUUCCCUCUUAACCGCUGGCUGGCCUUGGAUGAAGACGAUGGCAAAAUCCAAAGGGAUAUCUUAGUGGGAGGAGCUGAGACCACAGCUAUUUCCUACAUUGUCACUGUCUUCACUGGGGAUAUUCGGGGGGCUGGGACCAAAUCCAAAAUCUACUUGGUCAUGUACGGGGCCAGAGGAAAUAAGAACAGUGGGAAAAUCUUCCUGGAGGGCGGUGUGUUUGACCGUGGGCGCACAGACAUCUUCCACAUCGAGCUGGCCGUCCUCCUCAGCCCCCUGAGCCGGGUCUCCAUCGGACAUGGCAACGUGGGCGUCAACAGAGGCUGGUACUGCGAGAAGGUGGUGAUUCUGUGCCCUUUCACUGGCAUCCAGCAGACCUUCCCUUGCAGCAAUUGGCUGGAUGAGAAGAAGGCGGAUGGGCUCAUCGAGAGGCAGCUCUAUGAGAUGGUGUCUCUCAGGAAGAAGAGGCUGAAAAAAUUCCCAUGGUCCUUGUGGGUCUGGACGACGGACCUGAAGAAAGCUGGUACCAACUCUCUUAUCUUCAUCCAGAUUUAUGGGCAGAAGGGGCGGACAGAUGAAAUUCUCCUGAAUCCCAACAACAAGUGGUUCAAACCUGGCAUAAUUGAGAAAUUUAGGAUUGAACUCCCAGACCUCGGCAGGUUUUAUAAGAUUCGAGUAUGGCAUGAUAAAAGGAGUCCUGGUUCUGGAUGGCAUUUAGAAAGGAUGACCCUGAUGAACACUCUGACCAAGGACAAGUAUAACUUCAACUGCAAUCGCUGGCUCGAUGCCAAUGAGGAUGACAAUGAGAUUGUUAGGGAAAUGACCGCUGAGGGCCCGACAGUACGGAGGAUAAUGGGCAUGGCCCGGUACCGCGUGACUGUGUGCACAGGGGAACUCGAAGGUGCAGGAACCGAUGCCAACGUCUAUCUCUGCCUUUUUGGUGAUGCGGGGGACACGGGGGAGCGGCUGCUCUACAACUGCAGGAAUAACACCGACCUGUUUGAGAAGGGCAAUGCCGAUGAGUUCACCAUUGAGUCUGUCACCUUGCGGAAGGUGAGGCGGGUGAGGAUCAGACACGAUGGCAAAGGCAGCGGCAGCGGCUGGUUCCUGGAGCGGGUGCUGGUGAGAGAGGAGGGGCAGCCUGAGAGUGACAACGUGGAGUUCCCGUGUCUCAGGUGGCUGGACAAGGAUAAAGAUGAUGGGCAGUUGGUCCGGGAGUUGUUGCCCAGCGACAGCAACGCAACCCUGAAGAACUUCCGCUAUCACAUCAGCUUGAAGACGGCGGACGUCCCUGGGGCCAGCACAGAUUCCCGAGUGUACAUCAAGCUCUAUGGGGACAAAUCUGACACCAUCAAGCAAGUUCUUCUUGUCUCUGACAACAACCUGAAAGACUAUUUUGAACGUGGCCGGGUGGACGAGUUCACCCUGGAGACCCUGAAUAUCGGAACCAUCAACCGGUUGGUGAUCGGGCACGACAGCACAGGCCUGCACGCCAGCUGGUUCCUGGGCAGCGUCCAGAUCCGCGUGCCUCGCCAAGGCAAGCAGUACACCUUCCCUGCCAACCGCUGGCUGGACAAGGAUCAGGCAGAUGGGCGCCUGGAGGUGGAGCUCUACCCCAGCGAGGUCAUAGACAUCCAGAAAUUGAUCCACUACGAAGUUGAGGUUUGGACGGGGGAUGUGGGCGGUGCAGGCACCACUGCCCGAGUCUACAUGCAGAUCUACGGCGAGGAAGGCAAGACAGAAGUGCUCUUCCUCUCCAGCCGCUCAAAAGUGUUUGAUCGGGCCUCCAAGGACAUAUUCCAGCUGGAGGCAGCAGAUGUGGGCCCGGUCUUCAAGAUCCGGCUGGGCCAUACCGGCGAGGGCUUUGGGCCCAGCUGGUUUGUGGACACCGUGUGGCUGCGGCACAUGGCAGUGCGGGAGGCAGACCUGACGCCCGAGGAGGAGGCGCGGAAGAAGAAGGAGAAGGACAAGCUGCGGCAGCUGCUCAGGAAGGAGCGUCUGAAGGCCAAGCUGCAGAGGAAGAAGAGAAAGAAGAAGAAGGGCAGCGACGAGGAGGACGAGAGGGAUGAGGAUGAGGAGUCCUCAUCGGAAGAGUCCUCGUCGGAGGAGGAGGAGGAGGAGGAAACUGAGGAGGAGGAGGAGGAGGAGUUUGGGCUGCGGAUGCAGGAGAUGAUCGAGGAGUACAAAUUCGAAGCCCACCGCUGGCUGGCCCGGGGCAAGGAGGACAAUGAACUUGUGGUGGAGCUGGUGCCUGCUGGCCGAGAGGGUCCGGAGCCCAACAUCUACGAGGUUCAGGUGAUCACAGGCAAUGUGCCCAAGGCUGGCACUGAUGCCAAUGUCUUCCUGACCAUCUAUGGUGAAGAAUACGGGGACACGGGCGAGCGGCCCCUGAAGAAGUCAGACAAGUCCAACAAGUUUGAACAGGGGCAGACGGACACCUUCACUGUCUAUGCCAUUGACCUGGGGGCCCUGACCAAGAUUCGGAUUCGCCAUGACAACUCAGGCAACAGACCAGGCUGGUUCCUGGACAGGAUAGACAUCACGGACAUGAACAAUGAGAUCACGUACUACUUCCCAUGUCAACGCUGGCUGGCAGUGGAGGAGGAUGACGGCCAGCUGUCCAGGGAGCUGUUACCAGUGGAUGAGUCCUAUGUGCUGUCACCAAGCGAGGAUGAGGAGGGUGGGGGAGGUGGUGACAACAACCCCCUCAACAACCUGGCCCUGGAGCAGAAAGAUAAAUCUACGACAUUCUCAGUGACCAUAAAGACUGGGGACAAGAAGAAUGCGGGCACUGAUGCCAAUGUCUUCAUCACACUCUUUGGCACUCAAGACGACACUGGAAUGACCCUCCUGAAAUCCUCCAAGACCAACAGUGACAAGUUUGAGAGGGACAGCAUUGAAAUCUUCACAGUGGAGACCCUGGACCUGGGAGAUCUGUGGAAAGUCAGAAUCGGCCAUGACAACACAGGCAAGGGUCCAGGCUGGUUUGUAGACUGGGUAGAGGUGGACGCCCCAUCUCUUGGAAAGUGCAUGACGUUCCCCUGCGGCCGCUGGCUGGCUAAGAAUGAAGAUGAUGGGGCCAUCGUCAGGGACCUCUUCCACGCAGAACUUCAGACAAGGCUGUACACACCAUUUGUCCCUUACGAGAUCACCCUCUAUACUAGCGAUGUCUUUGCCGCUGGAACAGACUCCAACAUCUUCAUCGUCAUCUAUGGCUGCGAUGCUGUGUGCACCCAGCAGAAGUACCUGUGCACCAACAAGAGGGAGCAGAAGCUGUUUUUUGAGAGGAAGUCCGCCUCUCGUUUUAUAGUGGAGUUAGAAGAUGUAGGAGAAAUCAUUGAAAAAAUUCGGAUUGGCCAUGAUAAUACAGGCAUGAAUCCUGGUUGGCACUGCUCCCACGUGGACAUCCGCAGGCUCCUUCCAGAUAAAGAUGGCACAGAGACCUUGACUUUCCCUUGUGAUCGAUGGCUUGCCACCUCUGAGGAUGACAAGAAGACCAUUCGGGAGCUGGUCCCUUAUGACAUCUUCACUGAGAAAUACAUGAAAGAUGGGUCCUUGAGGCAAGUCUACAAGGAGGUGGAGGAGCCUCUGGACAUUGUGCUGUACUCCGUGCAGAUCUUCACAGGAAACGUUCCCGGAGCAGGGACAGACGCCAAGGUCUACAUCACCAUCUAUGGAGACCUCGGGGACACUGGGGAGCGGUACCUUGGCAAGUCAGAGAACCGCACCAACAAAUUUGAGAGAGGAAAGGCAGAUACCUUCAUCAUCGAGGCUGCUGACCUGGGCGUCAUCUACAAGAUCAAGCUUCGCCACGACAACACCAAAUGGUGUGCAGACUGGUAUGUAGAGAAGGUGGAGAUCUGGAAUGACACCAAUGAGGAUGAAUUCCUGUUCCUGUGUGGACGCUGGCUGUCCUUGAAGAAGGAGGAUGGGCGGCUGGAGAGGCUCUUUUAUGAGAAGGAGUACAGCGGGGACCGGAGCAGCAACUGCAGCAGCCCUGCUGACUUCUGGGAGAUCGCCCUGAGCUCCAAGAUGGCAGACAUCGACAUCGCCAUGGUGACGGGGCCCAUGGCCGACUACGUUCAGGAGGGCCCUGUUAUUCCCUACUAUGUGUCAGUCACCACGGGGAAGCACAAGGACGCAGCCACUGACAGCCGAGCCUUCAUCUUACUCAUCGGGGAGGAUGACGAGCGCAGUAACCGCAUCUGGCUGGACUAUCCCCAAGGGAAGAAGGGCUUCAGCUGUGGCUCCGUGGAGGAGUUCUAUGUUGCAGGCUUGGAUGUGGGCGUCAUCAAGAAAAUAGAGCUGGGUCAUGACGGGGCCUCCCCUGAGAGCUGCUGGCUGGUGGAGGAGCUGUGCUUGGCUGUGCCCACCCAGGGCACCAAGUACACGUUGCGCUGCAAUUACUGGCUCGCCAAGGACCGAGGAGAUGGCAUUACCUCCCGUGUCUUUGACCUUCUGGAUGCCAUGGUGGUGAACAUUGGGGUGAAGGUGCUCUAUGAAAUGACGGUGUGGACAGGUGACGUGGUUGGUGGUGGCACUGACUCCAACAUCUUUAUGACCCUCUAUGGCAUCAACGGCAGCACAGAGGAAGUGCAGCUAGACAAAAAGAAGGCCAGAUUUGAGCGGGAGCAGAAUGACACCUUCAUCAUGGAGAUUCUGGACAUUGCUCCAUUCACCAAGAUGCGGAUCCGAAUUGAUGGCCUGGGCAACCGGCCCGAAUGGUUUCUAGAGAGGAUCCUCCUGAAGAACAUGAACACAGGAGACCUGACCAUGUUCUACUAUGGAGACUGGCUGUCCCAGCGGAAGGGCAAGAAGACCUUGGUGUGUGAGAUGUGUGCCGUCAUCGACGAGGAGGAGAUGAUGGAGUGGACUUCCUACACCGUCUCAGUGAAGACCAGUGACAUCCUGGGAGCGGGCACCGAUGCCAACGUGUUCAUCAUCAUCUUUGGAGAGAAUGGAGACAGCGGGACGCUGGCCCUGAAGCAGUCGGCCAACUGGAAUAAGUUUGAACGGAACAACACUGACACAUUCAACUUUCCUGACAUGCUGAGCCUGGGCCACCUCUGCAAGCUGAGGGUCUGGCAUGACAACAAAGGGAUAUUUCCUGGUUGGCACCUGAGCUAUGUCGACGUGAAGGACAACUCCCGAGAUGAGACCUUCCGCUUCCAAUGUGACUGCUGGCUCUCCAAGAGUGUGGGUGAUGGACAGACGGUCCGUGACUUUGCCUGUGCCAACAAUGAGAUCCAUGAUGAGCUGGAGGAGACCACCUACGAGAUCGUCAUAGAAACCGGCAAUGGAGGCGAAACCAGGGAGAACGUCUGGCUCAUCCUGGAGGGCAGGAAAAACCGAUCCAAGGAGUUUCUGGUGGAAAAUUCUUCUAGACAGCGGGCCUUUAGGAAGGGGACCACAGACACAUUUGAGUUUGACAGCAUCUACCUGGGGGACAUUGCCUCCCUCUGCGUGGGCCACCUCGCCAGGGAGGACCGAUUCAUCCCCAAGAGAGAGCUGGUCUGGCAUGUCAAGACCAUCACCAUCACCGAGAUGGAGUACGGCAACGUGUACUUCUUUAACUGCGACUGCCUCAUCCCCCUCAAGAGGAAGCGGAAGUACUUCAAGGUUUUCGAGGUCACCAAGACAACAGAGAGCUUUGCCAGCAAGGUCCAAAACCUGGUACCAGUCAAGUACGAGGUCAUCGUGACGACGGGCUACGAGCCGGGGGCGGGCACCGACGCCAACGUCUUUGUGACCAUCUUUGGGGCCAAUGGUGACACGGGCAAGCGGGAGCUGAAGCAGAAGAUGCGCAACCUGUUUGAGCGGGGCAGCACCGACCGCUUCUUCCUGGAGACGCUGGAGCUGGGCGAGCUGCGCAAGGUGCGGCUGGAGCACGAUAGCAGUGGAUACUGCUCGGGCUGGCUGGUGGACAAGGUGGAGGUCACCAACACCAGCACCGGGGUGGCCACCAUCUUCACCUGUGGCAGGUGGCUGGACAAGAAGCGCGGCGACGGGCUCACCUGGAGAGACCUCUUCCCUUCUGUCUGAGGGCCAGAGGCCCCC